AUGGCCGAUUCCACCAACGCCCCCAAGCCAAGCAGUAGCGUCAAGCUGGUGCUUCUUGGUGAAGCUGCUGUCGGAAAGUCGUCUCUCGUAUUGCGCUUCGUUAACAACGACUUCCAAGAAAACAAGGAGCCCACUAUUGGUGCCGCCUUCUUGACUCAGAAAUGCAAUCUCCCAACAAGGACCAUCAAGUUUGAGAUUUGGGAUACUGCCGGCCAAGAACGUUUUGCCUCGCUGGCUCCUAUGUACUAUCGAAACGCCCAGGCCGCCCUCGUCGUCUACGAUCUCACCAAGCCCACAUCCCUCAUCAAAGCCAAGCACUGGGUUGCUGAGCUGCAACGACAGGCUUCUCCCGGUAUCGUUAUCGCACUGGUAGGUAACAAGCUGGAUCUUACAGGCGACUCGUCCAGUGCCGCAGGUGCGGAUGGGGAGGAGGGCGACGACUCUGGCGAUGCCCGCAAAGUUCCCACGGAAGAGGCUCAGGCAUACGCGGAGGAGGAGAGCUUACUGUUCUUCGAGACCAGUGCCAAGAGCGGACAUAAUGUUACCGAGGUGUUUACUGCCAUCGCAAACGCUAUACCUGAGACGUCGCUGAAGAGUGCGAGGGGAGCUAAUGCAUCAAAUGCUGCCAGCCGGGGAGGUGAGGAGCAAAGAGUGAAUCUUGGAGGUCCCAAGGAUGCCGGCGCCAAGGAUAGUUGCGCUUGCUAG